GACAACUUGGAUGGCGAAGAAGGAAGCAAACGUUUGGACUUGUCAUCGUUUAAUUCAUUAAAUCAAGAAGAAAAAAAAAAUCCUACGAAAGUGUCCCGGCGGCGGUGCGGUCGAGAGGAUAAAUGACGUGUUUGAACGCGCUCCUUCAGCUUAGUAUGGGGGCUAAGCAACAACGGGGCGACAACGUCACUAGAGGCGCGUCAUCAAUGAGCGACGAGAAGACGCCAGUUAACAGAAGUUAGCUUAGCCAAGGCGGGCUCCGACGAGAUGUGGAGGCGAGGGGGCACGAGCGACGCUCUCGACCGGGCUCGGGCGCUGCUGGACGCCAAGAGCAACAAAAACCACAGCGACCGACGAGCAGCCGCCGCCGAUGCGGACGCCCAAAGCCGAGCGGCUCCUCCGAGCGGCAGCGACGUCUCGUCGGACGCGAGCCACCUGUCCCCGCUCGGCUCGUCUUGGGGACAGCGAGGUGACGCGGCGGGGUCGCGCUUUCUGAAGAAGCCGGCGGGGUCGCGCGAGGACAGGCUGCCGUCGCGGUCCAAGCCGGGCUCGCAAGCGUCCGCCCUGAGGAGGCUGGCCCAGAUUGAGAGCCGCGUCCACGGCCGUCAGCGAGGGCCGGGACCCCGGACCCAAAGCCCGAGCUCGGACCCGUCGCCGGCCUCGCGACCCCCGUCGUCGUCGCCCGGUCGGGAAGCGACGCGCUCGGUCAGGAAGAAAGCUGCGGAAUCUCCCCGGGGGGGGUCCGGCUCCCUGCUCGGAUGGAGCCAAAGUGUGGACAGCGAUGAGGAGGAGGUGAUGAAGCUGGUGGGCGACGGCAACUUGAGCGGGUCGUCGUCCGGGAGCAGAGCGGGCCUGAUGCUCAACCAAAGAAGCCCGAGGUCGGCGUCCCCUCCGCCCCCCGGAGACGCCCCCAUCUCAUCCUCCUCCGGCAUGGCCUCCCCCGGCCGUGCUAGCCCCCCACCGGAAGCCCCACUCGAACCCCCGAGGUCUCAACUCUCCCCCCGGCGCGCCGCCAGUCCGACGUGCUCGUCCGGGUCGGCCUCGAAGGAGAUCCUCUCGCUGGAAGAACUUUUCCCACUUGGAUGCGGCGCCAGCCAAGCGUCCUCACAAGAGCGCUUUUGGGUCAAUGUGAAGACGUUGGAAGAUGUUGGCUCGGCCGGCGGCAGGACGGAAGCAGAAGAAGAACCAACGCAGGUUGACGACGCAAAUUCUGGGCCGGACGAGCUGCGCGGCGUCCGGGUCCGGACGGCCGACUACGAAAGUGACUUCGAGAGCACCGGGUGGACGGAAAGCGGUCGCCGCGGUAGCAGCGGACAGGUAUCGGAACACCUGCCGAGCAACGGCGAGGAAGAAGAAGCGGUCGGGUCGGCGCCGCGUGAGGCCUGGACGGAAGGCGCGGAUGCGACCUCGCGGCCGUCCACGGCGUCCUCGCGGCCGUCCCGCCGC